AUGGACUUACACCGGGCCGCGUUCAAGAUGGAGAGCUCCUCCUACCUGCCCAACCCGCUGGCCUCGCCGGCGCUGAUGGUGCUGGCCUCCACCGCGGAGGCCAGCCGCGACGCCUCCAUCCCCUGCCAGCCGCCGCGCCCCUUCGGCGUCCCCACCUCCGUGGACAAGGACGUGCACCUCCCCUUCGCCAACGGCUCCUACACCUUCGCCUCCAUGUACCACCGCCAGGGCGCCGUGCCCGGGGGCUUCCCCAACCGCGACUUCCCCCCCUCCCUCCUCCACCUGCACCACCAGUUCGCCCCGCCCAGCCUGGACUGCUCCCCCAUCAGCAUGCUGAACCACAGCGGCGUGGGCGCCUUCCGCCCCUUCGCCUCCCCCUCGGAGGAGCGCGACGGCGGGGGCGGGGGGUACCAGUCGGCCUUCACCCCGGCCAAGCGGCUGAAGGGCUGCCUGGAGGCCGAGGCCUCGCCCCACCUGCGGUAUUCGGACGCCGAGGGGAAGGAGUACGACUACGGGGGGUCGCAGAUCCCCACCGGCUCCCCCGGCUCGCUCAAGGUGGUGGUGGACGAAGCCGGGAAGAAGCUCUUCGCCGUGUCCGGCCUGCUGUCCGACCGCGAGCCCUCGUCCAGCCCGGAGGACCGCAUCGACCGCUGUAAGAAGAAGCCCUCUCUGUAUGACAGCCAGGCUCCAGUCUGUCCCAUCUGCCAGGUGGUGCUGAGGCCCGGGGAGCUACAGGACCACAUGGAGCAGGAGAUGGAGCGCCUGACCCACAUGCACCUCAGUAAGAAUCCAGCGCACAAGGACCUGAGUGUGGUACCAGGCACACCCAAGUCACUCCUGCUGUCCGUGCACAUCAAACGCGAGGGGGGGUCUCCCACCGUCUCCCCCCUCUCCUCGGACGACCUCCACCACUCCGACCGAUACCAGACAUUUUUGCGAGUGCGAGCAAACAGACAAACACGAUUGAAUGUCGAUGACCUCUGCUGGUGCAAGCGCUACACCAAGGAAAGUGUCAAAACUGCCCACUUACCACCGCUCAACGGGGCCUCCCUCGCCCCCUGCUGCAUUCGACACGCCCGGAUCGGGAAGAUGAAGCGCCGGAAGCCAGAGGACGGGCAGGUAUGUCCACUGUGCAGCGCCCCGCUGGCGGGAACGGAGGAGGAGAUGAGUAGGCAUGUGGAACAAUGUCUGUUCAAGCGGGAGGGAGCGUGCGGAGCUGAUGACGACUCCGCGGACGUGGACGGGGAGAACGGGACGCCCUUCGAGGAGUACGAAUGGUGCGGCCAGAAGCGCGUGCGCGCCACCUCCCUGCUGGAGGGGGGGUUCAGAGGAACGGGUUUCGCCACCUGCAGCACCAAGGAGAGCCACGACAGCGAUGCUGACCUGGACGUCGAUGGGGACGACACCCUGGAGUACGGCAAAGCACAUAGGUACACCGAGGCGGACAUCAUCCCCUGCUCCGGAGAGGACCAGGGAGAGGCCCGCGAGAGGGAGGCCCUGCGGGGGGCCGUGUUAAAUGGCGGGACUCCCUCCAACAGGAUAACGGCAGAAUUUUCCAAAUGGGCCAGUGAUGAGAUGCCCUCCACGAGUAAUGGGGAGAGCAGUCUGCAGGACGCCAGUGCCAGUUCCUCCAGCUCCGCACAGAGGACCUGUAAAAACAGCGACAUCGAGAAGAUCACGGAGGACUCGACGGCGACCACUCUAGAAGCACUAAAGGCCCGCAUCCGGGAGCUAGAGAAGCAGAUCCUCAGGGGGGACCGAUACAAGUGUCUAAUCUGCAUGGAGUCCUACACCAUGCCCCUAGCCUCCAUCCAGUGCUGGCACGUUCACUGUGAGGAAUGCUGGCUGCGGACUCUGGGAAACAAGAAACUCUGCCCACAAUGCAACACCAUCACGUCGCCGGGGGACCUCAGGCGUGUCUACUUGUGAGGAAGACGGCAGUCUGCUGCCCCCCCCGCCCCACCACCACUCUCCCAUCCUCUCCACCCAGUUUAUAUAGCUGUUUGCUGUCAGUGUAUUUGAGAUCAUUUUCUUUGGGAGUGGCAUGGAUUUUUUUUUGUGAAAGAAAAAAAAGAAAAAAAAAGAAGCCUUUCGAGACUAAUAGAGACAGGACUCUGUGUCUGUACAAAGGACAAUUCAGGGGGUGACUGUGGAACGGCAGGGGUAGGACCAGCGCCCAAAGACACCGUGUGACCAGUGCUCCUCCAAGCCCACACCCCUACCCCCCCCCCCACCCCCUCCCUGACCCCCCUGUCCCUGUCACAGCCGCCCCCCCUUGUAGCAGUUAAAUUACCAGGCACUUUUUUGUGUUUUUGGUCUUCUCCACCCUAGUCCAUUUCGUCCAGUUGUUGGCCCCCCAAAUGUGAACACAUGAAGUCCCCCUCUCUCCCAGCGUCGGCUCUGCCCCUCUGUGCUGAACUCACCGAGGCUGGAAGGGGGCGUUUCCGACCGCCGCUGUCAUCGUAAAGCCCCUCGCCCUCCAGGACAGACCAGACUGCUAGCCUCUGAGCCCCCCUCCCUCUCCGUCCCUGUCCCCCGCCCCUCACCCCCCCACACCCCCCCGGUGAGGAGGCCAGCGGGGAACAGACCUCCGCUCCCAAGCUCUCAACCAAAACCGAUGACCUCACAGCGACUUCGGGAACCCCUCCCCUCCGCAUCAGCCCCUUCUUCCUUGUUUCUUCCUUGCUUGUGGUGUUCUAGUGAAGUUACUCAACCAAAUUCAAAAAGCGCAGAAUCAACACUUAGAGGAAGUGCAAGCACAUGUAAUAUAGUCUGUGUAUGUUUACAAUGUUGUGUAUAAAUGGCAUAGAGCUCAGACACACACACACACACCUAUACACACGUCCCUUCACGCACACGCACACAUACACUCACACACUCAGACAAGUAUGUAUUAAAAGUUUUUGUUUUUGUUUGGGACAGCGUGGAGAGCGGGAGCAAAGGAGGACAUUUAAAAUGGCUGACGAGAAAAUUCUGUAUUUUUAAACCUGUUGUCUUCUUGAGGUUGAAGUUAAAUGUCAUUGUACAGGAAGAUGUCAUGGUAAUAAAGUACUCAAAAUAGUAUUCCAAGGAUUAGAUGGUGUAUAUGUUUUUUGUUUUUUUUAUUUGAAUAUAAAAGUUUGAAACCUAAAGCAAAGUUUGUUUUAACGCUCUUGAUUUUUUCCCUGUCUGUAUAAAACACAGUUUUUUUUAAUUGCACUCUUGUUAUGUAUGGUACAUUCACAUGUUAAUCUCUUUUUUAAGAAAAAAAGAAAAAGCCUCAGAUGGGAAGUGUUUUUGUGAAGUCUGUCCAGAUGUUUUUUGCUGUUGGGUUGCAAAAUCAUGAAACCGAAGGCCCGGGGAAAGCCUAUAGUCUGCACAGGAUGCGCUUUCAGUUGAGCUACAGAAAAAAAGACAAAAUGGCCGCUGUACCGUGUGUUCCCACCCCCUCGGCCCCCACCAGAGAGACCCUCUGGCCUAUCACACUUCCUGAUGCCGAGUCAUUUCCUCACGCAAGCUAGUGUGCGUUUCUCCAGGGGAAAGAAAAAAAAAAGCCCUGCGAGGUUUGUUUUGCGGAAGCAAUAUUCACAGCACUGGUUGUAACACAACUGUUUAGAUGUGAAAUUCAGUCACACAGGUGUGUUGUCCUACCCAUCCCCAUCAGUUUGUUAUUGGUCUUAAAUGGAGUGUAUUCUCACAAUUUUCUUUUCAACUGCUUUGCCAACUGAAGUUUCCCCCUUUUGAAUUGUGCUUACUGCAGUUAGUUCCACGUCUGAAGUUCAGGUUUUGCCCACUGUGGAUUAGAUGCUACUUUUUUCAAUGGCUGCCCAAUAAUGUCUGCAGAAAAUCGCAAGAUAUCUCACGAUGCUGUGAUGUUCUCCUUAUCUUUUAACAAUCUGAGCUGUGACUAGGUAGCAUUAUCUGCAAAGCUGAGAUGUCUCAAGUCAAGUCAAAAAAUGUUUGAAAUGCUUAGCAAACGGGUCCAACACAAUGUAAAUUUGCUAUUAAGUAGACCAGGUUCAAGUGUAUUUUUCACUUCCAGAAUAUAUGUAUGCCAUAUA